CGAUUCUGAGCCAGUUGAUCUGGUUCACUGAAAAGAGCCGCCCAUCACUGCUCUACUGCGCGCAGUCACGAGCUCGUAAUACAGGGCGUUUAGCGAAGCGUGCCAAACAUAAAAAGUGCGCCUUAUUUCCUGUGCGGAACGUCCUCUUCUCUCAGAUAACCUCCUCACAUGGCUUCCAUCGCGUCUUCCCUGGACGAUGAGAAGGAGAGGAAGCUGCAGAGUUUGUUCUCUCAGCCUGUUCGGUUCCAUCUCCUCUAUAAGAGCAGUCACCACGGAGCCAAGCUCAGCGCGCUGCUCUCCAGAUUCGACACGUCUGGGAAGUUUGUUCUUGCCGUGUUUCUGCAGACGGGGGAGGUCAGAGGAGGAUGCACCAGCAGAUCUCUAAACGUUGGAAGGGAGUUUGAUGACGAGGAGGCUUUUGUGUUUGAAAUAAAUGAGAAAGCCAAACGCUUUCCUGUGCUGCGCUCUGCCAAAGCUGUCGAAGUCCACUUCACCGAUUCAGGUCAGUCUGGGUUCGGAUCCGGUGGAUUCUCAUUUGGUAGCUCAUAUCAGUAUGAGUAUCAGACCGGGGCCUCCCUACCAGUGGCUGUGUCCUUCGGAAAGUGCUUACACGUGUACUCGGAUGACCAGGUCAUGUAUGUGAACUUCUGCGCAGACGGGACAUACGGCUGCAGGUGGCCUGAGGAAAAGAGCGCGCGCUGCGUGGAUGUGGAGCUGCACCGUGUUCAAGAUCUGGGGGAUUUUCUGCCCAGCCCUUGGAGGGAGGUGUCCUGGACAGAUGGGACCAGGCAGAGCCUCAGACAGAGUUUUGUCUCGUAUAAGCUGAUGUUGGAGACUCUGCCGCGGGUUAGGGCUCUGCUCUUGGGCCCAGUUGGUUCUGGGAAAUCCAGCCUUGUUAACUCCAUCAGAUCCACCAUGUACAGACGCAUCGUACACCUGCCCAACGUCGGCAUGGCAACGGGCAAUUUCACCAAGAAGCUGAAGUCGUAUGAUAUUCGGGCAGAGAAAGGAGGUUCUCCAUCUGCUCUGAGUCUGUGUGAUGUGUUGGCCAUUGGAGAUGAAGACUUUACUGGUCUCUCUCUCUCCGACACGCUGGCGGUCAUCAAGGGCCAUGUUCCAGAGGGAUACCAGUUCCAGAGUGAUUUCCCCAUCAAUGAUAAGGUCAGUGGCUACAGAGCAGCUCCCACCCUGAAGGAUCAGAUCCACUGCGUCCUCUUUGUGCUUGAUGCCUCUAAAGUGACGUCCUACUCCAGCAGCCUGCGAACCUCCCUCAGGAAGCUCCACACCACUGUAUCGAACCUGGGUAUCCCUCAGCUGAUUUUGCUGACACAUGUGGACCUGGUGUGCUGUGCAGUGAAGGAGAAUAUGAUGUCUGUCUACUCCAGCCGAGCUGUGCAGGAGGAGAUGCAGAAGGCAGCAGAGCUGGUGGGGCUGCCGUUGUCCUAUUUGCUGCCAGUGAAGAACUACAUUUCCCAGCUGUCAGUGGACCUCAACACUGACAUCUUGCUCCUGAGUGUAGUCAGCAGCAUCCUUCAGGCUGUGGAUGACAUGCUUGAGGACGAGUACCCUGGUGUCAUCACAGGGCCUCACACUCAGACCCCCCCAAACAGCAGCAUCAAAAUGUAGGAGCCAUGAGUUACACACAGAACAGAAUCACUCACAGUGUAAACAAACAGUCUGUCUAUUGACCAACCUGUCUAUCUGUCUAUUACAGAUAGUGAUAUUUUCCACAGUACAGGAAAGCAGAUUAGUGAACGCCUUUUAGAAUAUGUUCAGCAUAAGAAAUAACAAACAGUGAUGAUGUGCAAUUGGAAAUAGCCAAUUUAUCAGUCAUAUUUUGGCUGAUCUGUGCUUUAUUUUGAUAUAGCAGCUUUUUUAAUGUUAUUUAAAUAGGCAACGUUUUGCCUUUGACAAUACAAUCUAUUCAAAGUGGCAGUUUAGCCCAUUAAAAAGUAAAAAAUCAUUGUGAUUUUGGAAAGUAAUGUAAUUGUAAUAGUGUGCUUCAUGGGUUCAUUUACCUAUGCAAAAAUGCUGUUUACAGCCAGUUUGGCUGUAAAUCAGAAACGGAUAUAAAAAUUCAUGAUCAUGCAUCCUAAAUUAAAAGUUUUACAAAGGAAGUCAAACAAAUAGAGCACAGAAGCUUUAAAAUGUUAAUAGUUCAUAGCAAUUAUGCACAGUUGUAUUUUUCAGUCUACAAGUCGAUGUGGUGCCAAACUGUCUCCAUGUUCAGACUAUGCAUUUAUAGUUUCUGCAAAGUUGAGGUGCAACAUUCAAGGUUCACUUACAAGCAGCUUUAAGUGCCUGAAAUGAUGUUUGUGUUUGUGUCCAGUUUUUUGUAGAGGCCAAAUGUCCACAGGAUAGUGGAAAACAGAAAAAUUCUUCCUCCAGGGUGACUCUAGCAGUUUGCCGUACAAUAUGCUGAUUUUUACCAUGUAAAGUACCCAGACUUGCAUUGUCCUGGUUAUUAUGUUGGACAGCUUUAGGGCCAAUUAAUAAAAUUGCUUAAGCUCAUGAUUAUGCUUUGAAUGAGUGUGAAUAUUUUUUUGCUACAUCCGUGUCACACAUUCUGGACUACAGAAUGACAGUGAUGUGAAAGUGAUAUAAUGAAUAUACACUAAAGCAUCUAGACGGGCACAGACAGGUAGAGAGAAUGAUUUAAUUGGACGGGAGUCAUAGGCAGACUAGAAACCUUUUGGCAAGGCAGCAUUAACCCAAUAAGCUUUGGGCCCCGUCCACUAGGGGGCAACACCACACAAGCAUAAAGAAUGGAAAAAAGUAAGCAAGGGGAAAGAGAUAUAUAUGUUGAUUAAGAUGUGUCUAUUAUCCAGACAGUGUUUCCCACUGAUUAAGAUGUGUCCUUUUAGAUUGUCUAUAAGCCUACAGUAACUUUGGUGCUGAGACAAGCGGGUGGACAGGUGGGGCCGAAGGGGGGAGUUUGGGGGGGUCUGUGUAGCCAAAACACAGAUCCCUAUCUCCCCCUGAAUUACAGCAACUGACAGGAACAGUGAAUUCUCAAGAAGAGUCCUGCGACUAUAUCUUGUUGUUAAUCAUUAUUCUGUGUUCUUUGGAAAACUGGUACAGCCCGUUAACCUCAAUUCUAAAACCAGCACUCACAAAUCUAAUCCUUGCAGUUCUGUGUUCUCCAUGGUGCUGCAAUGCUUCCGGAACACAUCUGGGCACCAUUCUUAGGCACAAUAUCCUAUCAAGACAGUGAAAGGCCUGAAAACAGAAUGUGAUCAUUUUUAUAGUAUCUCUAAAGUCUGUAACAUUGUCUCCACUACAGAAACUCAUUCAUGCCUUUGUCUCAAGACUGAAUCCCCACUCUCUUAUCUGGCUCAACUGAGAGGCAAGACACAAUAAAAUCAUCUUUACACCUGCCUUUAUCUUUUAGACCGGGGGCUGUAUAACAAAACGUCUGAUGACUUAUCUGUUUAGUCAUCCUGACACCUUCAUGUAGGACUGAAUUUAGGACAGUAUUUAUUACAGAAUAACAGUUCCCAAGUUCAUAAUAUUAUCGUAAUAUAGAUAAGGAAAGACACACACACACACACACACAAACACACACACACACACACACACACAGACCCACACACAAAUCAAAGAAUGGCCUUGUAAACAGGAGUUAUCAUCUA